AUGGAGGCGCUCUCGCUCAUCGACGUCUCCGCCGAGGACGACUUCCUCCUCGACCUCGCCUCCCCGCCGCACCACCCCGACCCGCCGCCCCGCGCCGCCCCAGGUGGGCGCGCUUCUCCCACCCCCCGCGCCUUCCAUUUCCACGCGGAUUCGUGCAUCCGUUCGCACCACCGAUCCGAUCUGACCCGGACGUGCGGCUAUUUUGUUGUUCUAGGGACUUCGGUGGUGGUGCGCCCCGCCGGCGGUUCCCCGGCCGCGGCGGCGGCGGGGCGGGUUCUGGAUCCCGCGGAGCAGGCCCCCGAGCGGGCGGAGUCCCCGAAGAGGAGGAAGCCCAAGGGCGCCGUCAACCUCCGCAAGAGCCUCGCCUGGGACAGCGCCUUCUUCACCGGCGAAGGUGUGCUGGACACGGAGGAGCUGGGCAUCGUGAACAGCACCUUCCGCAAGGCGCAGGGUUCCAGGCUGCUGCCCGGGAUCGCAGAGGAACUGCGGAGGUCGACGGAGUCCACGACCUCGACCAUCGAGAGCGAAAGCUUCCUGCUGGAAAGUCUUGACUCCGAUCUGUUUGACAAUGUCCGUGCUUCCGUUCAGAGAACAUUGGGCAAACCUGAUAAAGCUCCAGGUGUUCCUGCUGCUAGCUCGAAAAGCACCAAGGCCGCAGCGAAGGCACCUCCUCCUGUUACAGCGAGAAAGGGGGUUGAUCGGAUACCACUGACUCAGAGCAAGAUUAGGCCUCCUGGUUCAACAAGCAAUGGCUGUGUUGGUACCAAGCAAAGGCCCCAGGUCACUCCGAAAGAGCCAACAGUUACAAGAGGGGGUGUAUCAAGGGCUGCUGAAGCAAAACCAUCCUCAAAACCUCCUAGGGCUCUGCCAAGAGUUGCUACAAUGGGAGCACCAGCUAACACAACUGCCACUUCUGGGGUUUCAGACAAAAGAAGCAGCACUGGAGGUGUAGUCAAUAGGCAGCCAGUUGGUAAAUCUGCUAACACUUCAGCUGGCGUGCCAUCUCGGCCUGGUUGGGGGACAAAGACAAGUUCCACCACAAAAUCGGGUGCUUUGUCAUCAACAUCAAUUCCUUCCUUGCACAGUGCUCCCAUGGGUAUUAUGGCAGGUGCGAAAACCAAAUCACCGACCCUAAUUGGCAAGACUAGAACUGCUCAGAGGGUCCCUAUUCGUUCAUCAUCGAGAGCUGGUAUCAGCAAGGUUGAACCAGUAAUAGCAUCAAGAAAUAAGAUUGUAACUAGGAGUAGUAUUGAGAGUGCAUCACCGACCAUUUCACCUAGUAGCUCAGUGGACAGCAUGAGUUCUGUGAUUUCCGGGGUUUCAACAGCAUCCACUAUAGGGAGAGUGAGCCAAACAUCUGAGAGCUUUAGUACUAGGUCAUCUUCACUGUCCCCUUCCACCAGAAAGAGCAAUGACCACCCUCCAAUCACAAAACCGAGGGCUCUUACUGUUACAGAAGGCACACCUUGUGAUAAUCGGAAAUCUAAUAUAGACACAUCCAACCAAGGAAACGGCUUUAAGCCAUCUGGUCUACGAAGGCCUACACCCAAGAUUGGAUAUUUUGAUGCUGAGAAGUCUGUUGAGCAAAAAGCCGCCCGGGUGCAAGUGCAAUCCAAGAAUGUCUUAUUUUCACCAUUGGCCACACCAAACCCUCGGAUUUCUUCUACUCUGAAGGGGAACUUUGAAUUUUCUACCAGUGAUGAACAAGAACUAAAAUCCAUGGCAGCAGCACUUUCUCAUACUAAGGCGUCACCAUCACUGCCUCUCAGAGUUGCACAAGCUGAAGUAAAACCAUCAAAGGUGGUAGAGCAUGAAGCUUCUCAAAUUAAGGCGCCGACUUCACUGCCUCUCAGGGUUGCAGAAGUUGAAGUAGAAUCAUCAAAGGUAACAGAGGAAGUUUCUCAUACUGAGCCAUCACCUUCAAUGCCUCUCAGAGUUGCACAAGCUGAAGUAAAACCAUCAAAGGUGGUAGAGCAUGAAGCUUCUCAAAUUAAGGCGCCGACUUCACUGCCUCUCAGGGUUGCAGAAGUUGAAGUAGAAUCAUCAAAGGUAACAGAGGAAGUUUCUCAUACUGAGCCAUCACCUUCAAUGCCUCUCAGAGUUGCACAAGCUGAAGUAAAACCAUCAAAGGUGGUAGAGCAUGAAGCUUCUCAAAUUAAGGCGCCGACUUCACUGCCUCUCAGGGUUGCAGAAGUUGAAGUAGAAUCAUCAAAGAGUUGCACAAGCUGA